AUGGGGCUCUCCAAAUCAACGCGGAUUAUGAUACUGUUGGCGAUUGAUACAGCCUUCUUCUUCUUGGAACUGAUAGUCGGAUAUGCGGUGCACUCUCUGGCUCUCGUUGCCGACUCGUUUCACAUGCUGAACGAUGUCAUAUCCCUCCUGGUCGGACUGUGGGCAGUCAAAGUUGCGAGCCAAAAGACCAACUCAAAGACGUACACAUAUGGGUGGCAACGUGCGGAAACACUAGGUGCUCUCAUCAACGGCGUCUUCCUCGUCGCCCUGUGCCUCUCGAUCUUCCUCGAAGCGAUCCAGCGAUUUGUCGAACCGCAAGAAGUAUCGCACCCUAAACUCGUUCUCAUCGUCGGCUCCUUUGGUCUUGCUUCAAACAUCAUCGGUCUCUUCCUCUUCCACGACCACGGUCACGGCGGUCAUUCACACGGCCAUGACGAGCAUUCGGCGGCUGAAGAAGGACACUCUCAUGGUAUCGAUGCGCAUGAUCAUGCCGUUGCGGAUGAAAGGGGCAACGUAGCAGAUGUGCUGCCUCAGAACCGGAUCGGCUUCCCCUCUACGGUGACCCAGUCUCCACAGAAGUCUAAUGAGGGUGCCUUUUCUCCUCAGGUAGAAAGGGUCCGUCGUUCAUCUGUGUCCGGAAAGAAGGGCAAGCGCCACAAUCGAUCACAAUCGCGGAAUUAUUCUACGUUGGAGGACAUCUACGUGCACCCCUCAUCGUUUAGGAAUAGCAUCAUUGAGUCUUCGCGCAUGCACGACAAUGACGAAGCGGAUGAUGAAGAGGAUGAUGCGAAUGUCGAGGAUGUGGAGCCUACUGAGCAGACUUCCUUGCUGGCCAACCCUAAGAGUCAUGGUUCGCACGAUCACGAAAACAAUACGCCAAAGAAGAAAGAUUGCCACCAAGAUCACAAGCACAGCCAGCCUAAAGACCAGAAGUCUGGUGGUGGUGGUGGUCACGGCCACUCGCAUGGGGAUUUGAACAUGCGCGGUGUCUUCCUCCAUGUCCUAGGCGAUGCCCUAGGCAAUAUCGGUGUCAUCGGAUCUGCGCUAUUCAUCUGGCUUACGAACUUCUCGUGGAGAUUCUACGCUGACCCUGCCGUCUCCCUCAUCAUUACCGUCAUCAUUCUUCUUUCUGCAAUCCCCCUCUGCAAGGCCGCAUCGCGCAUCUUGCUACAAGCUGUUCCCGAGAACCUUUCUAUCGACGACAUCACAGAGGAUAUCACAGAUCUCAAUGGCAUAGUGUCUUGCCACCAUCUGCACGUCUGGCAGCUCUCUGACACUAAGCUCAUCGCCUCGCUGCAUGUUCAGGUCGACUUCGAUUUCAAGGGCGAAGGCUCAGCUCGCUACAUGGAUUUGGCCCGUCAAGUCCGUCAGUGCCUCCACGAAUACGGCAUUCACUCUUCUACUAUCCAGCCCGAGUUCUGCCUCGACGCAAGCCACGACCAUUCGGCCGCUGGAUCCGAUGAGAGCAGCCCCGAGGAUGGUGGCAGCAACAGCAAGAAUCCCAGCGUAAAGGACGGACCAGACGCUUGCUUGCUGGAAUGCCCAGACAGCUGUGGAAAUGCGAAGCAGUGUUGUGAACCUGGCAACAAGAGCUGCAAGCGCAGUAACCACGGCUCGUCUUCGUAG